AUGAGCGACGUGACUGCAAGCUCGGAUGAUGGAGAGGAUUACGUCUACGGAGGAGGUCAACUUCAAGAAAUCAAGAGAUACCCUGUGCAUGACUGCUGCGAAUUCGAAGAUGUUGAGAGUUUGAGGGCUUUGAUUUUGAUUCCUGAGGAUUCUGAUGACGACUCUUCGUCUGAUGAAAAUGAUUCAGCUGCUGCUGCGCACGCAGCAGCAAUUGGUCACUCUCCACAGCCACAGCCACUGCCACCAAAAGUAAUGAUUCCAAAUGCGGUCGUCGGAGAGGAAGGUGUGAUGGAAGCAGAAGCCGGAGACAAAGAUACCAACGACACUGUGGACGGAGUGAGCAAAAAUCAAGCUAACGAAGGACUGGCACCAAUGGCCAUUAGUCCGAAGGAAGGGGUAAUAAAUGAAGUGAUUGAUGCAGCACCAAAAAAUGGUCAAGUUCAAGAAAACGCUUCGGUCGGCAAAGUCAAAAAGCGAAGAAAGUAUUACUGUCCUCACAACCUGAACGAACGGGAUACUGACGAGAACACUCCACUUCACAUAGCGAUUCACGCUCGGAAGUUGGAGCAUGUCAAACUUUUGCUGGAAGCUGGUGCUUCGAUUCACAAAAAGAGUGAUGGGAGUGCUCCAAUACACCUUGCCAUCAGUAUGGGUUCUGUUGGAAAGCAUGCCGACUUUGCCUACCAGUGCGUCGUUUUUCUUACUGAAAAAGGGGCCGAUCUUUCAGUGAAGGAUGAUUCUAUGCACACUCCGCUCUAUCUUGCUUGCAUGUUCUGCUUGCCAGAGAUAGUCAGGUACAUUUUGUCGCAUGAAAAUGGAAAGACAACAUUGAAUGCACGAGCCGAUCGAUCGCAAGGACGACCAUUGCACGCGGCUGCGAAAUCCGAUACUAGUGUUCCACGGGCUGCUGCUCUCAAUCCAGCUGCUGGAGCUGGCGAGAUCGCUCCAUUGCAAGUCACAAAACUUCUUUUGGGAGCUCCUGACAUUGAAGUGGACGCGAUGAAUUCUGUCGGUCAAUCCCCACUGCACAUUGCCUGCUCGCGAGGAAACUGGCCAGUUGUGCGUCUUCUUCUUGAAGCCGGGGCAGAUGCCAACUUGGCUGAUCGACGUGGCUUCACUCCUGGACAACUAGCACACAAACGAGGAAUGCCAAUACUGAAUGACUUGUUGGAAGUUUUGGGCGGUCCACCAUCCUCAGGGGUUGUUGCACCACCUCGAGAUUUGGUUGUUGAUCCUGAUGGAAAGACAAUAGUGUUGACUCAUGAGUUGUGCGGUUUGCAUAAGACCUGUGCCCCUAUAAGACGUGAUCCACACAGCGAGCCUCCUCCAGAAAAUGUCAAGCGCCUUCAUGUGCUAACAGACGAUGAAACGGGUAUCUUGAGGUCAGGAGAAUUCAGCAAAUGCACAUGGGAAAAUGAAACACGCCGGGCUGCUAUGGUGGAUGUCUUGAAGUGCCACGAGUACAAUUAUGUCGAGUCCAUUAGUCAGUUGUGUUCGAGUAUACCAGAUCAUCCAUCCGCAAUAGCUCAUCUCGAUGCAGACACAGCAAUGUCAAGAUGGAGUUUCGAAUCAGCGCUUCGAGCUGCUGGUAGCGUUUGUGAAGCUGUUGACAAAGUCAUGUCAGGAGAAUUCAGAAAUGCAUUUUGUGCUGUUCGACCACCUGGUCAUCAUGCUGGUCCUCGAGGAAUCGUGCGAUGUGAGAAUGAUCCAGAUGGUGGAUCGCAUGGGUUUUGCUUUUUGAACAAUAUAGCAAUCGGAGCAGCUUACGCACGUUCCAUGUACCGCAAUGAGAAUAUUCGCAAGGUGGCGAUCAUUGACUUUGAUGUUCAUCAUGGAAAUGGAACUGAAGAGAUCAUUCGACAACUUGUUCCCACUGUGGAAAAGUCUAUUAUCCGGACUCCAUUUGCAAUCGGGGAACUUGGCGUGAAAAAUUAUAGGCCAUGGCUGGACGAAACAGAUGUCCAUAACGUCUUUUUCGCCUCGGCUCACGGAUAUGGUCCCCGUGGAAUUGAAUUUGCAGACACGCCUCAGGCUGGUUGGUUUUAUCCGGCGUCAGGAAAAACUGUCAUGACCGACAACGUCAAAGAUCCGUCAUCCGUUGAAACGCCAAAUCUUACUGAUUUUCUGUUGAGUCAAACGUGGACAAGAAUGGGCGCAGAAGCUCAAGGCAACUGUUGCAAAAUUAUCAAUUGUGGCCUUGGCUUACCAACUCGUGAUGCUGUGCCUGGAAUGCAACGUCUUGAAGUUCGUGACACAUACAGGAAAAAGAUUCUCCCACAACUUUUGGAGUUUGAUCCCGAUAUCAUUUUCAUCAGCGCCGGUUUCGAUGCGCACAAGCGGGAUAGCAUGAACUUUGGAUACGUCGGCAUGGUCGAAGAUGAUUAUGAAUGGGUUACUGCACAGCUUGUUCGAAUUGCGAACACCUGCUGUAACGGCCGGAUCGUGAGUGUUCUCGAAGGAGGAUACAAGAUUCAUGGUGGCAUUGUAAGCCCUUUUGCAAGAUCGGUUGCAGCUCAUGUGCGAUCAUUAGUUGAUGGGGGGAGCUCGCGUGAGCUGUACGAUGCCCAAGAUGGGGAAUGGGAGAGUCAGUUCGAACGUCAUUUGAUCGACGAAAGGGAGAGGAAGCGUCAACAGAAACUAGAGAAAAUGAAACUACUCGAACUGGAAAGCAGACGAGCGCUGUAUGGGGACGAUGCUGGUAAUGAAGAAGAGGGCGAUGCGCCUCGAAAGAGAAAACGAAACCAAGUUGACUACAGAUCGUUAUAUGAGCAGAUGAAGAAAGAAGGCUUUGCCACCUGA